CGUUGUCUCUUUCCCUCCAAUGAAACUUUUCUUCGCGAACGCCCAGACAGCGCAUGUUUUCAUUCUCGAUUGUUCGAAUCCGUUUCCACCGCAUUAUAAAAAGCAAUUUGAACCAGUGAAGUCGAAAUUGUUAAUCUUCCAAUUCGCGAUCGUAAUAGUGAACGCAGAGUAGUGAAUUUACGUUUUAAGUGCUUACGAAGGGACUGACGAAUUACUCGUACAAAACAAAAAACUCAAAAUGGCAUCCAAGGAGGAAGAGAACCUUCCAGAGAACAAGAAACUUGCCCGCACGGAAAAAGAGCUCGGAAACGAAGCUUACAAAAAGAAGGAUUUCGCGACGGCCCUGAGUCAUUAUAAUGCGGCCCUUCAACAUGACCCAACGGAUAUCACAUUCCACAAUAAUAUCGCCGCGGUUUACUUUGAGCAGAAAGAGUUCCAGAAGUGCAUCGCUGAGUGCGAAAAGGCGGUUGAAGUGGGUCGUGAAAAUCGUGCGGAUUACAAGCUGAUCGCUAAGGCUUUUACCCGAAUCGGAAAUGCCUACCGGAAGCUGGAGGAUUACAAAUCCGCCAAGACGUACUUCGAAAAGAGUCUUUCCGAGCAUCGAACGCCAGAUGUGAAGGCCCUGUUGAGUGACACGGAGAAAAAAAUCAAGGAACAAGAAAGACUGGCUUAUAUUGACCCGGCGAAAGCGGAAGAGGAGAAGGAGAAGGGCAACGAGUUCUUCAAGAAGGGAGACUACAGCGCAGCGGUCAAACACUACACGGAAGCCAUCCAACGUAAUCCGGAAGACGCGAAGUUGUACAGUAAUCGAGCGGCUUGCUACACGAAACUGGCCGCUUUCGAUCUCGGUCUCAAAGACUGCGAUACGUGCUGCAAGCUGGACGAAACCUUCAUCAAGGGAUGGAUUCGCAAAGGCAAAAUCCUGCAAGUCAUGCAGAAAUCCUCGGAAGCUCAAACUGCGUACCAGAAAGCGCUAGAAAUCGAUCCCAAUAACGCUGAGGCCCUGGAAGGAUAUCGAGCCUGCACGAUGGCCGUACACUCGGACCCCAAGGAAGUCUGGAAAAAGGCCAUGAACGAUCCGGAAGUACAGCAAAUCCUCAAGGACCCAGCCAUGCGGAUCAUCCUGGAGCAGAUGCAGAAUGACCCGAAGGCCGUUCAAGAGCAUCUCAAGAAUCCUCAAGUGGCGUCGAAGAUUCAGAAACUGCUCGAGUCGGGCAUCAUCCAAAUAUACUAAGGACCAGUUCCUCCGGGGAAACGUUGCGUUUCAAGCAAAGCGAAAGUGUGUUCAGAAGGAAGGUGUUCGGCUUUCAUGGUUGCCGGCCGGAUCAGCAAACGCCAGUCACCUAAAUCUGCUCGUGGCAAUUGAUUUUUGUUUCCACCGUUUUCUUCAUCGAAUUACCCCCUCUACAUUAUGUUUCUUUUAUUAAGAUUCCUAGCUCCAAUCGAAACACAAAUAUCGAGUACUAUGAACUCAAAUUACCGUUAGAACAAGAAAAUUGCUUAGAUAAUAACAUGGAAACCAAUAUGCUUAGCAGAUUUGCAAAAUACCAACUGACAAAACUUCACAAUUAACAGUACGGAUGCGAACGAGAAAAAAAACGAAAUUGCCUAGCAAACAAAAUCAUUACUACUAUUAAAGGGACAGCAGAAUACAAUGCAUAGUUACAAACUAGCCUGUAAACAAAAGUAAAAUUGAAAUAAAGCUAGGUUUAUUAACAAACAUGAACUCGCGA